AUGGGAGUUAUAGAUCAUGAUCCAGAAAAAGGAGAAAAGUCCUUUGGUUACGGACGUCCAGCGACUACCUCAGUUGCUAGGAGUGAAUCACCUUCAGAUGACGACAAGGAGUUGGAGACUUACCACGUUGGAGAAGAUGUCUAUGGGCUGAUCUUUGUGUGUCCUGUAUUCUCGCAGGCUUUCUUUUUUGCAUUUCUCGUGGUCAUGGUCAAGUUUUCGCUGUUUCUUUUUUUACUGGUCGAUCUUUAUCGCCAAAGUCAAGGCGGAGAGGCAUUCUUCGCUCCCAAAGAUACGCUAAUCCGCGCCACAGAAUUCUUGCUGCUUCCCAUUGCGAUCGCUCUUCAAGAGGAUCUCAUAUAUGUUUACAUACGCGUUGCAAACAUUAUCUAUGAUCCCAAAUUGAUGAACGAGUCACCGAGUGCAACGAAAUGCAAAUUUGUUAUGAGCUUUGUUUUGAGGUUGAUGGAUGGACUUUUCAGUUUGACCAUUAACUUUGUUCUGAUUAUGACAACCGAGACUGUUCUUGGAAUUUUCUUGAACUUUGCAGCCUUGCAUUUUUUGCAGGGAAUUGACGAUGUGGCCUUCCAAAUGGCUCAUGAGGGCUUCUUGGGCGAUCGAAUGGAGUAUCGAUGCCAAGAGGUUCAACAAACCAAGAUGAAACGACGUGUUGGUGACGCCUUCACCAACGCUCUGGACUCAGUCCUCUUCCUACUGACUUACUUUUGCAUGCUUGGAGUAUGGACAUAUGUAUAUCUCUUUGAAGAACAGCUACAAAGUGAGCUAUAA